CGGACAGGGUGAAGGGAUCAAGACGCGGGAGAUGGCGGUGAGGACUUGAGGCGUCACUCACCUUAAACUCUUCUAUUUCUUUAUUAAGGACAUUGUCCGUUGGAGCUGAGUAAAAAUGUCUGCCUCUGGGGCCAAGAAACAACCUACAAUUUCCAAAUUUUUUGCACCUGGGAAAAGUGGGACAAAAAAGUUUGAUACUGAUGAAGAAAAGAAAACAAAUAAUUCCAGCAAAGUUGCCAAGGUGAAGGUCGUUAAAGUUUUGAAGAGAACAAACAAUGAUCACCCUAGAAAUGGAAAAUCAUAUAAAAAGGCCAAAACUGAAGAGAGUGAGUGUGGUACAUCUGGCUCCAGGAAAAGUUCACACACAUCGUGGACCAAGAACAGACUUGAAUCAUAUUCUGCUGAUUCUGCAGUAGAAAAUGGUGAAUUAAUGGAGGUGACUUCAGAACCCGCAACAAAGUCUGUUAUAAAAGUUAAACCAACUGUGGUCAGGAACAAGCUGGGUGAAUUCAGGUCUCAAAAUAAUAGUGACAGCAACACCGGGAUCACUAGCAGCCAACAAGCACAGUCAGGGCCUAUGAAAGCUGUGCCAGGGAUGAAACUCACCCCCCUUGAACAACAAGUUGUUGCUAUAAAGAACAAGCACCCAGACAUAGUUCUCUUUGUGGAGUGUGGAUAUAAGUACAGAUUUUUUGGAAAUGAUGCAGAAAUUGCUGCCAAGGAACUGAACAUUGUGGCUCAUCUUGACCAUAGCUUCAUGACUGCAAGCAUACCUACAUACAAACUCCAUGUACAUGUACGAAGACUUGUUGCUAAGGGUUAUAAAGUUGGAGUCGUAAAGCAAACUGAAACUGCUGCCCUCAAGGCGGCAGGAAGCAACAAAACUGCACCAUUUGGCCGUGAACUUACGGCAUUGUACACUCGGUCUACUCUGAUUGGUGAAGAUGUAACACCUGCUGGGGGUGGGGAAGCUGUUGGUGAUGGGGAUCUUGCAGAAGGAACUACUGCCAUGCUGCUGGUGGUACAUGAAGGCAAGAGUAUCUCAGGAAAGGACAACACAAUCGGUAUUUCAAUUAUUGCUAUCCAGCCCAGCACUGGAGAUAUUGUAUACGACACCUUUGAUGACUCGGCUACAAGGACGGAACUUUGGUGUCGUUUAGACCACAUUCAGCCUGUUGAAGCUAUAGUACCUGCAAAUAUAUCUGAUGUCACAAUUAAAGCUAUACAAUCAGCUUCCACAAAGAAUGAGGAUUCUAUUCGAAUCGAGCAGUUGGAUAGAGCCAAAUUUGACUACUCUGACUCUCUGAAGUAUGUGUGUGAACUAUUUGAAGGUGAUAAAGAGAGGGUGGACCAUGUGUCAAAGCUGCCAGCAGAUGUGGUCAGCUGCCUUGGGGCCACACUUCACUAUCUUGCUGAAUUUAAAUUAGAUCGAAUCAUAAAAAUGGCUGGCUCAAUUCAUAAGUAUAGUUCUGGCAGCCAUCACAUGAGACUUUCAGGUGCUACCUUACGUAACCUGGAAGUGCUGGUGAAUGCAGUGGAUGGUGGGACUAAAGGAAGCUUACUGUGGGCUCUUGAUAAAACACAGACCAAAUUUGGUUCCAGACUCCUUCGCCGGUGGAUAGUUCAGCCAUUGCUGAGUGUAGAGCAAAUUACGGAACGCCAGGAUAUGAUUGAGGAACUGAUGCACUCCGAUGCACCAAUAGUAAAUAAGUUGAAGAGUGUACUCUAUAAAUCACCAGAUUAUGAGAGAGCUCUUACAACUGUUUUUCACAAAAAGUGCAGUCCUCAUGAGUUUUGGUUAGCAGUGAAUGGAUUAUGUCAAGUACAUAGUGGAUUGUUGAGAUUCAGCGGCAAUAUGGAAGACGUUGUGAAGACUUCUGGUUUAAAAAGUCAUCUUCAGGAAGUUCUGGAUGGUUUAUCUAAUAUUGCAGCUUUUGCAAACAACUUAAAUGAAACUAGUGCCAAGGAAGGUCGGAAAACAAGUCUCCUGACGAAUUACUCUGAGUACCCUAAGGUUAUAAGCAGGCAGCAGGAGAUAACUUCUGUGGAAAAGCAGCUUAAAGAUCUCAAGCCUGAAAUUGCCAAGAUAUUAAGACUACCUGCUUUCAACUACACCACAGUGUCAGGUCUUGAAUACCUAAUUGAAGUGAAAAAUUCUCAGUUAAAGGCUGUUCCCAAGAACUGGUCAAAAAUCAGCUCAACAAAGGCUUGUUGUAGAUUUAGGUCACCAGAAAUUGUAAACCUGUUCACUAAACUACAACAGUUACGAGAACAACUACAAGCUGAUUGUCAUGAGGUAUGGCUGGACGUCUUAGAAUCAUUUUCCAGUCACUACCAGCGCCAUCGUCGAGCAGUAAGGUGCCUGGCUGCUCUUGAUGCUCUGAUUUCAUUAGCAAAUGUAGCAAAAGCUCAGGCUUAUUGUCGGCCCAAAGUCUUUUCCAGCGAGAGCAAUGGAGGGAAGUUGAAGAUAGUGGAGGGACGACAUCCAGUUGUUAGUCAGCUAAAACUCGGAGAUGAGCAGUAUGUUGCGAAUGAUACUGAUAUGAAGGUUGAGGAUCAGCGUGUCAUGCUUGUUACUGGACCAAAUAUGGGAGGAAAGUCAUGUUACAUGCGGCAAGUGGCACUCAUAGCUCUAAUGACACAGAUUGGCAGCUAUGUACCUGCAGAAUCAGUAGAAAUGUCAAUUUUGGAUGCAAUAUAUACCAGAAUGGGCGCCACAGAUGAGAUCUUUUCUGGGCGCAGCACAUUCAUGGUGGAAGUUGGGGAGACUGCAGACAUCAUGCAAGAAGCAACAACCAAUUCCCUUGUGAUUUUGGAUGAGUUAGGACGAGGCACCUCUACGCAUGAUGGUGUGGCCGUUGCCAUGGCAGCUCUUGACUACUUCCUUAACCAGGUAAAGUGUCUCACAAUAUUUGUGACACAUUACUUGCCUCUCACUGAGUUUGAGAAGUUGUACCCGGACCAUGUUGGAAACUUUCAUAUGUCCUUCAUUGUUCAUGAAAAAGAAGAUGAUGAUUUUGAUAUUAUAACCUUCCUGUACCGACUGACCUCUGGGAGUGCAGGUCAAAGUUACGGGUUAAACGUGGCACGUCUUGCUCAAGUGCCACACUCCAUUCUUGUGAAGGCUUCAGAAAAGUCACAACAUCUCGAAAAGAUCUGCAAAAUGAGAAGAAAAGGAAAAGAGGUGUUCCAGCAGUUUUUCCAAUCCAAUGAAAGUACCAGAAAGAUGCUGCAAGAGUUUAAGUGUUUGGACACUUAAUUUGUAACACUGUACCAAGAAGAAUACUACUGGUAGCCUAUAAGAAGAGAAAUGCACAUGACACCGCAACAGAAGAGUUUCCACCAAUUAAGAUAAUCUGUUGGCUUUACUAUAUCUUACAGAAAUCUAAUUGUAAAGCUUUUUGUUUCUAAGUUUUGAUAAAACUUUUUGCAGUAGUUGUUGGAUUAGAAUACAGCACAUUAAGCUUGUUAGAAAGUGUGUGAAGGAACUCAGACAUGGGCAUCAUUCUGUAAGAUAAUGUUGAAGAAAAAAUAUAAAUUAAACAAUUAUGUUAUAAACCUAAUUAAACAGUUCACAUAAUUUUGUGCUGUAAUUUAUUCUUAUAAUUAAAGUUUGUGAAAAUUAUUAAUUUCUGUUUAAUUUUGUGUGUGUCAUUAUUUAAAAGGUGUUUGGACAUUUAUAAAUAAAUCAUAUUUCUUAA